AUGGUGUACAACUCGUUGACCGAGGCUCCUCACAACCUCAAGGAGGGCAUUGACUGGCUGAUGGCCCUGAAGGGAACUGAUGCUGAAAAGAAUUUGGCGGCUUUAGGUGACGCGCUCCACAAAUUUCUCGUAGACAAACCUGUUGGCAAGAUGGAAGUGCCAGCUCUCGAAGAUAUUAAGAAGUCUACUAAGGAAUUCAUGGGACAAAAGGUCAACGGCUAUCCUUUCGCUAAAAAGCUGCUGGGGAGAUUCAGCAAGCCUAUGGAUAAGUCCAUUCGCUCCAACUUCUUUGGCACUGCCGACGAAAGCGAUUAUAAGAAUGUAGUCAAGACCCGGGGCGUCAAACCUGAAGAUAUCACAAAGAGCGUAAGCGAAGUUGUUCAUGGGUGUGAGAAGUUCCUGAAUGGUAUAAAACCCGCUAAACAGUACAAUUCCGCUUACAGUUCAGAAGCGACGUGGGAGGCAUCAUGCGCGAAAGAUCCGGAAGCUUGCGCAGUGGUGUUUGUGGGAAUUGCGCCUAUGUUGUACACGGGCCUACGUUCUUUGCGGUUUGCAAGCCAUGCAGCGUGCUUUAAUUGGGUACCAUUUUCGAAGAAGACUAAUUUGGGAAGUGUAUUGGAAGCCUUGGGUUACAAAGAGGCGGAACGCCGCGCUAACAUGAGUGGUUCAUAUGUCUUCAAGGCACUGGAAAAUGUGAAAUUCCAAAUGUUGGUCACCCUCUACGACCUCGCUGGAUUCUGGGCUUUCUAUUGA